AUGCCAUCAACAUUAACAUCAACACCAGCAUCCACAUCAGCAACACCAUCAGCAGUGGCCGCAGCAUCGUCAUGUAGUAUUAACAACAUCAUUAUUAUUUCACCGACUAUGACUCUGCGGCUCGUAAACGUCACAGCAUUUUUGCAGAUACGCGUACGAGUAGUUGGAAGCGGCUCAUAUCGCAUCAACAAAAAUAUGAAAAUGUCAACGAAAAAUGCGAAUAAUUUCGAUUUUCUUGAAUCUACGCAGCACGGCGUGGACGGCGCCCCUGUAUCGUGGCGUUUAACGCUCGAUCAGGAUCUUAUUGACACGCUCAAACGUAGUUUCCCAACUUGGUUUCAAGCGUCCGCCAGCAGUGACAUCACCACCACUACUUCAAUAACGACAACAACAACAGCAAUCACACCGGCUACAACGCCCUAUAGAUCAAAAAUCACGGAACCAACUGAAAACGGGAAGUCAGUAAUCGUAAACCAACAAACCGUCGGUGAGAUAAGCAAACAUACGAGCGACAGUGACGGUAACUGUAACGGUAAUAGCAACACGAAUACUCAUCACAACAACACUAUUAUCAACAUCGCCAAAAGUGGUAACAAUUGUACGACACCCAUCACUGUUGACACCACAAACCAUCUGCAUCAACAACUGCCAUAUCUACACCAUCACCAUUUGCAUCAUCACAGCAACGGCAACAGCUUAAAGCGACACAACAGCGACAACAUUGGCAAAAACAUUUCUUCCCCACAGCUCAACGGUUGCAGUUAUUCAUCUAUUUUAUCCUCUUCAUCAUCAGCUUCACCUGCUUCGUCGAUAGCAUCGAAUUGCUCUGCGGUCUCCUCGAAGAAAUCCAUAUCGAGUCAUAAAAGCAGCAGCAGCAGUAGCAGUAGUUCUUCGUCAUCAUCAUCUUCCUCGAAAUCAUCGUCUUCCUCUGCCACUUCAGCUAGUUCGACAAAUUCGUCUGCGAACGCUUCCACAUCCGUGAAGGCAACAUCUGAGAAAUUCAACAACGCCGCGAACGGCGUACAUCACAAAAGCUCGAACGCCGCGGUUGCCGAAACGGGGAAGAAGUGCGUAGCGACAAAAGCAGCUGUGAAAUCGGCUGUCAAGUCGGUGGUGAAAGCGCGUGAAAAGUCAGCAGCGUCAACGCUUUCAGCGUCUUCAACAGUGGCGGUAGCAGCAGUAGCGACCGCAAACUUAAAAGGGUCGUCGUCGUCAACGAAGGCAAUUACGAAAUCAGCUUCAUUGCACUCACUCAGCAGCUGUUCCGGCUCCGGCUCCGCUUCACUACUCGCAACAUUCUCGUCGCCCGGAUCGACUGCAACCACUGUAGAGAUUAUAUCGGAUACGUCGUGUAACGCGCUCCUGACAGAGUCUCAAUUUGGUGGCAAAGUGGGCUUCGGGCAUACAUUUCAAAACGUUAUACUGUUGCAGGAAGCAAACGACGACAUGUCUGAAGGUGAGCAAUGCUUGAAUGCAGUAGCGGCAGCAGCAGCAGCACCAUCAUUCCUAUGUAGCGGUGGUGGUAUUAGCAGUGAUGAUGGCACAAAUUCCGAUGCUUAUGAUCCGAGGCAAUCACCGCCGAAGGCGAUCGUUGAUUCCAGUCCAUUGCAACCGGCAAUGGAUAAGAAUAAAGAAUCACUUAAAGUGAAAUUAAUGGUGAGACGACCACAUUCACAGCUCGUCGAACAAGGAAUCAUACCACCCCUAAAAACUUCACCCGCCAUACACGAGCAAUGCAAACAAUUGGAACGUGCCAAAACCAGCGAUUUGCUGAAAGCAAAGAUACAACAGCGACCAAAUCGGGAAGAUUUAGAGCGUCGUCAUAUUUUGGAGGAGGAUGAAUGUCAUAUCGAUCCGAGUUUAGCGGAGAAACAGCGUAUGCUGAAGAAAGCACGCUUAGCCGAUCAACUUAAUUCGCAAAUACAGCACCGACCUGGUCCACUCGAGUUGAUCAAAAAGAAUAUUUUGCACACCGAAAAACCAAUCGAGAAGAUUGUCAAAGAAGGUUUGGUAUCAUUCAAAGCCACAAGCGAAGGUCUACUAACACGGCCUCAACAUCCGCAUAGUUAUGUGACUUAUGAAGAGGACUCACAAAGCUCUGAGAGUGAUACACGUCAGACACCACCACGUGUAGACGAGAUAUCUGCAAGUGGCCAGAGUGAUGUGUUGCAGGCCGCUGCCGCUUCGGCGGGCAUUGUUACGGUAGCCUUAACUAUACCCACUAGCGGUGGGCAGGUCGUAGUGACAUCGGCACCAUUGUUGCCAAGUAGCACGCCAGCAACGAAAAUAUCAACAGUGCCUCCACCACCACCACUGCCUCCUGCGCCAAUGGUGUGUAACAUACAAGUGAAGCAAGAGACUGCAAAUCUCUUUGAGGAGUUAUGUCAGUCUGUGGCUGGACCAACGGCUAGUCCUGGUGGAAAUUUUCUACCGAUGGUAUCUUCACCGGGAUCUUUGACUUCGGCUACUUCCACAUUGAGCCCCCUUUCCUCGAUUGCCUCGCCAUCACAAUCCCUAACUCCACUUCCACCAUUGAGUUGCCAGCUUUCACUAGGAAAAUCUGAUGCGCCGGGUAAAGAAAAGAAUAGAAAGAAGUCUAAGUCUAAGCCCGCUUGUAAGGCGCGCACAAUUAAAUUUCACGAGUAUAAGGGUCCACCGAACGCGGCACAGAAAAUGUCAUGCAGCGAAAGUAGCCAACCUGAGGAGACUUCAUAUCAAUUAAUGUUGGAGCAACAAAAUUGUUUGCUCAAGUUUCUUGAGACUCUGAAUAAAAAUCAAUCAAUAGUACCCGCAACUACGGGCGCGACAGCAAGUACGAGCUCGAAUGUUAACACAGUUGGUGGAUUAGUGACAACCGUGGCUAAGUCCAAUGCAGUGGCUUCAACAACAGCAUCGUCAGCUGCCAAGAUGUCUACUGCUCUGCCUUCACCUGCACCUGCCACACCAUUGUCCAAUAUAACGGCUGUAGGUGAUGGUGCAAGCAACACAGCCUCGCCAGCCAAUUCGACAUUUUCAAUGAUUUCCACUCCACGCCCACCGCCACUUCCAUCACCUGCCCUCUCCGUGACAUCUUCCAUACCACCCAGCCCAGCAACCAGCUACGCUGACUCCACAUGCUCCACCACAGACAUCUCGCGAUUGGAAAAGAUGAAAGUUUCUGAUUUGAAAAUGCAUCUGAAGCGACGCAAUUUACCUGUGUCCGGUCCAAAACCGCAACUGAUCGAGCGUCUCAAACCGUUUUUGCCACUUGAUGCAACCGAAUGCUCGACAAUAGUAAACACGCCAGCGUCAACGGCUUCUUCAGAGCUUAUCUCCAGCUCAGUGGGUGAAGCUAUGGAUGCUACUAAUUCGGCAGUGCCCGAUGUGCCAGUUGCCAUGAUUGUGAAUUCACCGCAUACCGUUGCGAUGUCACCGGAGCGACACAAUCUGGAGCCCGAACAAAUGGACAUAGUGCAGCAAGCAGAUUCCCCACGCCCGGUACCAUUUCAGACGAUUCUACAACCGAAACCACAAGCGGCCACCAUAAUUCUAACGAAUGAUGAUUUGGUGCGGGAACAGAAGCGGCAAAUCGAUGAACUGCAGCGACAGUUGCAGCGUUCACAACAAGAAUUGAAACAGAUGCGACAAAAGCAACAGCAAACUAACCAGCAACAAAAGCAACUUCUGCAUCCCCAGAAACAAACUGUUACCGCACAGGUGGUGAAUGCAUUGCCAACUCAGCAAAUAACACUUAUCACCACUACAACGGGGCCCCAUUGUGCGCCGCUCACGGUUUUACCACAGAUAAAGGAAAACAUAACGUUACCUACAAAGGCAACGGUAAAAUCGCAAGCUACGAAAGCGAAUGCUGCCAACGCAGCUGCUCACAAAGCAAACACCAAUAAUACAACAACUGUGACACCACAGGCGAUGAGCCAGAAAAUGGUUGUGAAGCAACAAUUGGAGGCGAAAAUACAAAAACAGAAACAAGCGGCAGCUGCGGCGGCGGCGGCAGCCGCAUCACAACAGGCACAGAAACAUGUACAGCAAGUGCAGGCUCAUGCUCUGGCGCAAGCUCAAGCCCAGGCCCACGCACAAUUACGACUGCUGACAACUACACAAAAGACACAAACUUUACUCAUUCCAACAGUCACGGCGACACAAAAGAUUGAGGACAAGAAAUUGCCCACAGCAGCGCGGCAAAAGAAUUCCAUCAACACUAAUAGUAAGGGCAAUAAUGCCAAUUCCAACACAAACGGGACUACAACAACUAUUCUCGCUAAUCAAAUACCGUUGACCGCAAAAACGCAUAAUAAUUUGGGACUCGUAUGGAACGAGGGCAAUCAGACGAUUUUUCUGGUUGGGUUGAACGAUCAGCACAUGACGGCACAUACGAUUGGUAACAUUUCUUUGGCAAAUGCGAGUCCAGCUACUAAGAAACUUUUGAAUGGACAUCAGCGUACCAGUUCGCUGCCAAGUAUACUACUCCCUAUUACAACCCCUCAAGGACAUGAGCCGCAGCAACUGAUUGAGGCGAAGCCAGUCAUUACACAGCAACAGCUACAGCAGUUGCAACUACAACACCAACAACAACAGCAAUACCAUAAUCACACCUUCCUGCCGACACAACAGAUUAUACAAUUGGACAUUAAGCCACAAACUUUACCACCGCCGCCACCCCCUCCACCACAAUAUGAGGAAGCUACGAAAAAAUUGGCGGCUAAAGCCAAUUUGGCGCAGGUCAAAAUCAAAGAGGAGCCCAAUACCGGCCGCAAUACGCCACAAACACAAAUUAAUUCAGUGACCACACAAACGACAAGCAAACGCAAGAACGCUGUGAAAUCAGAGAAGGUGACAGAUGUGCUGGACAUACUUGUUAAGCAGGGCGAAUUACCUGAAAGCGUUCUAGAGCCCAUAACGCCCGUGACACCUCUAACACCGGGAGGUGGUAAUGCGCUAAUGACAGACAUGAGUGGCAAUUUGAUAUUUAACACAAGCUCUUCGGGUAGUGGUCCCUCUGACGAUUUGGCUGCCUCGGGUGCACUGGUGCCUAAGCUGGAGCCACAAACCAGUCCAAUGCCCGAUAGUACACUGGUCUCUCAACCCAUGGACACAACACCAUGUGGCCAACAGCAGAGCCAAAUGCAGCAGACACAACAGCAGCGAGCGGAGAGCGACAUUGACAGAGUUUUCCAGAUGUUGAGCAGUGACGGUGAUGUGCCGUCUUCAUCAAUCAACUCACCACUGACUAGCGGCUUCAUUGAGAAUAUCGAUAUGGCCUCGCCAAUGCAGCCGGACGCCCACAUUGAUGCUGCAAGUGUGGCUAAGUCAUUAGGCAUCUUCCUGGAGCAACAUCAUUCCACACCACCGCCACAAACGUCGGCUACAGGCAUAUCUUUGCACCAACACCACCCACACAACCAACAACAUCAACAUCAGUCGCCGACACAUCACGAUAUGCUCAGCAAGGCAACCAGUUCGCCAGAGAAAUCUAUGGCACGGAAUAUGGGCAGCCCGGAUGCAAAACUUAAUCACUUUGAUGAGUUUGAGCUGCUCGAGUUGAUGUCACAGCAGUUGGAGAUGGACAUUGGUGACGAUACAAGUAAUUUCGCAGGGACCGUCGAUGUUGGCGUUAAUUCUGCUGCCCAUCAUCAUCAGCACUUACAUCAUUCCAGCGAUGAUUGCAAGAGUGGCAACAACGUCGACUCGUCGGCCAAUGUAGGCGCCCAAAAUUUGAACGGUCUGCGGCGUGACAUGAAUCCAAGCUUGCAGCCAUCGAUCAAUGAGCUUAUACAACAACAAUUGCACCAUCAUAGCCAUCAACAACCGUACCACCAGUUGCAACACAACAAUAACAAUAGUAGUGAUGUGAUGAGCGCUGUUGACGUUGACUUCGAUGCAGAAAGCUUUGUGGCGCAAUUGGCUCAAGUGAGCAGCCAUGAUGGUAUGGCUAAUAACAACAACAAUCUUUCGCAUAAUCGCAGCAUAUUGGGUGGCAUUGGUGGUGGAGAACACGGCAGCAGAGGCAGCCUCGUCAACAUGGGCAGCGCUAGCAGUCCACACAACAACAAUUGUCACAGUAGCAACAGCAGCGAGGUAUCAAGCAGCGGCGACCAUCUCACAAAUGUACGUGGACACAGCCACAGCAGUAGCAAUAACCACUUUAGUGCCACACCUAUGGAUGUUUGCGAUGAUUUCGAUAAUCCGCUGGGCAGUUUCAGUUUUUCUGCAUUCUCGCCAGAUUCUAACAUCAACACGCCACCGCAUCCGUUCGGUAGCAGCGAUGGUAGCAGCAGCAGCGCUAUAUUGAAUGGUGGUUGCAUAAAUGGUGAAACCAAUAUGGGACUUGGCUUAGGUGGCGAUAUGGUGAGUGGAGUUGGCGCAGCGCCAUCAGCAUCUGCCACGUGUGGCAUGCAAGCGAACAACGCCAUGGGUGUGGGCGAACAAAUGUCCAUUUGCGGCAUCGCCAAUGGCCUUGGCGAAGGCAAUGCAAUGCUGGGUAGCAGCGGCGGCGAUGGCGUUAUGGGGGAGAGCUCAGUGACUGCAACGGGUAGCGAUAGCUUUGGGGCUGCUGGUGACAUCUUUGAUUUGUUCAACAUGGACGACUAUAAGAUGUCCUGGGGUGAGGGUGAUUUCGCAGUGUAAAAAUGGUUUAGAGAUAGCGAAAGAGAAAGUUAGAAAGUGUGUGGUAAAGCAGUAAACGUGCGGUUGAAGAAUAGUGUGUGUUACAUGUUUAUUUACUGGCCCGUUAACUGUUGAAUAGUGCUGACCUCGGGAUGAGCGCACGGGCGGCUUUGUGCCGAGCCUUUGCGUUGCGUUAGAAAUCUAAGUCGAAUGACUGCUGCAAGGGGAAAGGCUGUGUACAUGUUUAUUAGGCAAUUAUUAUGCGCAUACGCAAGCUUUAAAGGGCACUCGAUUAGUGAGAGGUAUUUUUGUUGCCACAACUAAAACAAAACAAAUGUUUUAGUACACAUUAUCAGCGCUUAAGUUGGCUUCACAACCACCAAAACAUAUGCGUACAUUCAAACUUAUUCCUUUUUAUUACUACUUUAUAUUGUAUUUGUACUAUCAAAUGAAGCUCCCCACUUUGAAAAAAAUGCAUUUAAAAUCAAUUAAAUAAAACCAAAACAAAAUGAGGCUUUCGAAAAAAAGCUCAAAUUUCCAUGUUGUAGCCAAGCAGCUGAUAAUGUGUAGAAAAAUAUUAUUGGAAUGAGUGAAAGAACGAGUGCGCAGGCAUUUCGUAAGUAGUGGGUGGUGAGGGAGGGAAAGUAGUUGAAAGAGAAGCAAAAAGUAACUGGAAAGCAUGUAAUGGGAGUGCAAGUAAUCAAGACCAUUCCAAAAAUUAAAAACAAUUUAAUUCGAAAGUGAGCAGUGGAGAGUAUGAAGAGCGUUUUUGAAAAGCGCUGAAUUAAUAUGGGGGGAAGUAAAUGCAGGACAGUUGCAGAAGAAAAGAAAAUAAGAAGCUUACGAAAAGUUAUUUCUCGAAUUGCUGCUCGGCCAAGCUGUCACAAACACAUACUUAUACGCGUGCAUACAAACAAGCUCAUACAGACGUCCCAGAGCGUGUCGUGAAACAUUCUUUUAUUUAAGUUUUUAUGCAGAAGGAUAUAAAAACAAGAAAAAUUAAAUAGUUUUUAAAAUAAUUACGUUAAUUUACAAUAAACAAAAAAAAAAAGAAAAAAAAUUGAAAAAUGACAAAAAUACUUACCACUAAACGCGUGAAUAAAAAUACUUAACUACAUACAUAUGCAAACUUAUAUUAAUUAUAUAGCGCUCAUUUGUAAUAAACACUUAAAAAGCAUGUAAGAAUUAAGCGAAAAAUAUCAUAUUAUAUUAUAUAAAACAAAAAACAAAAAAUGCAAAUAUGCAUACAUUUUAUAAAGGUUAAUAUAUAAAAUCAUGUGAAAAGUAUUUCCUUUGAGGAAAGAAAAAGCCUUUUUUGAUGUAAGUGUUUUUUUU